AUGAUGAAUCCGUCAGCGAGAAGAAAGAGGUUAGCGUGCGCAGAGUGUACGCGGCGGAAGAUCAAGUGUGAUAAGGUUUUGCCGUGUCGGAAUUGUCGCAAUAGAGGCAGCACUUGCUAUCGCUCACCAAAUGUAUCGGCAUAUUCACGGGCAACGGCAGCUUCCCCACACACUCCCCAGCAAAAUGGAUAUCGCCCAACGGAACUAACUGGAACCCUUGCUGCCUGUCUAAGCGAGCUACAAGCUACGCUACAGGCAGUCAAAGCGCACGAAAGUACGAGCGCCAAUUUCAACGAGAGUACAGUGGCGCUGUCUCCAGUCCAUGAAGGGACCUCGACUGGAGCGCCAUCGGAAGAAGAGGACAUCAGCCCCAGUCGCGAGACCGAAGAGGUGGAGGAUGCCGCGACAAUAUUGGAAUUCCUAGCUUGGGGUCGACGGAAGGUUCCUGACUUCGAUGGCUUAGUUGGGAAUCCAAACUGUGCUCCUGCUCAGUCACCUGGGGAUGUAUCACUACUGAAUAGUCCUGCGGAUCCGCCUCAGUUGCGCUUUACCGACGACCUCUCUUCAAUCCCACUUCUACAAUUGUUGCUUCCUGAGCCGCCCACUUUACUCCGGAUGGUCAAUUACCACUGCGAGUGUCUUCUUUGGUAUCACUCCGCAUUCCACGGGCGCAUAUUCCUGGAAGAGGUUGAUCGCUUUCUCAAACAACAUCAUGGUCGCAUUGACGACCAGCAGAUCGAUCUUCAAUGGGUUGCUCUUUUAUUUGCCGUAUUGGCAGGAACAAUGACAUGUGCACCGCGCCCAGUAUCUACAUCAUGGGGCAUCGAGGAUCCCGAGCGUACAAAUUUGGCCCAUCAUUUCUUCAAAGCUGCUUUGGUGUGCCUAAAUCUGGCAGAUUUUACUGCCCGUCAUUCUCUGUACGGGAUUGAGUGUAUCGCGACCAUGACAAUUAGCGCUCACUUGCUAGGCUAUUCUAAUAGCCACUCCGUCAAGCUUGCAUCAGCUGUCCGUAUUGCUCAGAGCUUGGGUAUGCACAGACUGGGCGAAGAAAUCGAUGGUCCCACAACAAAUCCAGUACGAAGGGAAAUCGGUCGACGAUUAUGGACAGAGCUAUGCAUCCAAGACUGGUUCUCGAUUCCAUUUUCGGAAAGCUAUUUGAUUCAUCGGCGGGAUUUUAAUACGGGAAAGCCUCGAAAUUGCAUGGAUGAUAUCGAAAUGACCCCUCUCCCGGACAAUGUGCCCACUCCAGUGACCUACCAUCGCUUCCUAUACGAUAUCGCUGCACUCAUGCCACAACUUCAAGAUGAUAUUUCCGUAUCACAUACGCUGUAUGCCAAAUAUGAACACGUCAUUCGAUAUGAUGCAAAAAUGCGUACUCUGGCCAGCAAGCAUGUCCCUUCUUGCCUGCGAAAUACGGCUCUCGAGCCAUCGUGGCCGCGCUAUGUCCCUUGGGCAAGGCAUUGCCUUACUAUUAGCUCCGCUCACAAAAUCAUUAUGAUUCACCGCAAAUUUCUUUGGUCUAGCUUUACUAAUCCGGCGUUUACAUUUACACGUAAAACCUGCAUUGCAGCAGCAAAAACCAUAACUAGAGAGCAGAAGCAGUUAGUAAAGGAAGAUGGGCCGGUGCUAUGGAUCUAUCAUGCGUUCAGCGUCGCAGCAAGUAUAAUACUUUGCUUGGAUCUGUUCUUCCCGCCACUUCCUGAUUGUGAUCAGGGAGAGAAUCGCGAGGUAGCCCAGGACAUGAUUGAAAUUCUGUCCCAGAGCGAGACUAGUAUGAUUGCCAUGAGAGGUGUGAAAAUAUUGCGCUUGCUGCUUAAUCUCGAACAAGGUCGAGGUAAAAGAUCCUCAGGCUUGGAUAUUCGUGGCCUUGUCAAGUAUAUUUGUGAGAACGAGGCAUUGGCAAGUCGGGCGCACGAAUGGCAAUCGGCUGAUGAGCCUCCUGUGAGCGGGCCACUUUCACCAAUGUCUACUAUGCAGCCGCCAGAGUUUCUGUCUCGGGAGUCCCAUACGGAGGAGCUGUAUGGCAAUAUUCCCCUACCAAACUCUAGGUUUGGCGUACCUGAUUCACUAGAGGACAUAUUGCUGCUCGUACAGAACGGAGGGGCAUGA